CAAGACUCUUCCCAAAUGAAGAGGAUUUACCUGCUCGUGGUGGGGCUUUAUCUGCUGUCCUUCAGCAGGGCAGAAGAGGGGCUGAACUUCCCCACGUACGAUGGGAAGGACCGAGUGGUCAGCCUUUCUGAGAGGAACUUGAAGCAAGUGUUGAAGAGAUACGAUUUGCUCUGUCUCUACUACCACGAGCCUGUGUCUUCAGACAAGGUCGCACAGAAGCAGUUCCAACUGAAGGAGAUCGUACUGGAGCUUGUGGCCCAGGUUCUGGAACAUAAAAACAUAGGCUUUGUGAUGGUGGAUUCGAGGAAAGAGGCCAAGCUUGCCAAGAGGCUGGGCUUCAGUGAAGAAGGAAGCCUGUAUGUUCUGAAGGGUGGUCGCACCAUUGAGUUUGACGGGGAGUUUGCAGCAGAUGUCUUGGUGGAAUUUCUCUUGGACCUCAUUGAGGACCCAGUGGAGAUCGUGAACAACAAGCUGGAAGUCCAAGCCUUCGAGCGCAUCGAGGACCAGAUCAAGCUGCUUGGCUUUUUCAAGAAUGAGGACUCAGAAUAUUACAAAGCGUUCCAAGAGGCAGCUGCACACUUCCAGCCGUACAUCAAGUUCUUUGCCACCUUUGACAAGGGGGUGGCAAAGAAGUUGUCCUUGAAGAUGAACGAAGUUGGCUUCUAUGAGCCAUUUAUGGAUGAGCCCAGUGUCAUCCCUAACAAGCCCUACACAGAAGAGGAGCUUGUGGAGUUUGUGAAGGAGCAUCAGAGACCCACCCUACGUCGCUUGCGCCCAGAGGACAUGUUUGAAACAUGGACUACAGGAGAAGACGACUUGAAUGGGAUCCACAUUGUGGCCUUUGCGGAGAAGAGUGACCCAGAUGGCUACGAGUUCCUGGAGAUCCUGAAACAGGUUGCCCGGGACAACACUGACAACCCUGACUUGAGCAUCUUGUGGAUUGACCCAGACGACUUUCCUCUGCUUGUUGCUUACUGGGAGAAGACUUUCAAGAUUGACCUGUUCAAGCCACAGAUUGGGGUGGUGAAUGUAACCGAUGCUGACAGUGUCUGGAUGGAGAUCCCAGAUGAUGACGACCUGCCCACAGCUGAGGAGCUGGAAGACUGGAUUGAGGAUGUGCUUUCUGGAAAGAUCAAUACUGAAGACGAUGACAAUGAAGAUGAAGAUGAUGAUGGCGAUAAUGACAAUGACGAUGACGAUGACGAUGAUGACGAUGAUAAUUCUGAUGAGGAUAAUGAUGACAGUGAUGAUGACGAUGAUGACGAUGACUAACUCCAGCCCCGGGUGCUUAUGAUGAGAGUGACAUCACAACCACCCCGUACCAUACAGACAGCCCAAGGGGGCAGCAAGCAGUGGUGCCCACACCUAGUCAGCUCUUUUCCUUUCUCCAGCAUCUUUUCCAAGUCCGUUCUUGGCAGGAGCGGUACAUUUCCGUGAAUGCCUUUCCAAACCCAGCUGUCCCACUCUGCAGGGACAGAAGGGGGAGGGGGGGCGGAGAUUCCCAUGCUGACUCCUUUUAACUAUUGAGGAACAAACAGCUCUUGUUCUUUGUUAGACAAUCAGGGGUCUUGGAAUUCUGGGAGUCUGGGCACCUCUGGGCAUCUCCUGACACCUCUACUCAAGUUUACUUACUGUCUUUGAUUCAGAUGGUGACAGAACUGACAGCUUGCUAUUAGUUCACAAGCAGAGAGUGACCUUCUAAUCAGAGCCCAGAAAGGCCACAUGAUUAUCUAAUUCAGCUCCAAAACCAAGAGCAUCUGUGGACUCAGACCCAAGCCUUGGAUGGCUACUAGGAUGUGUGGGUAUUGCCAUCAUUUGUGGAAUAUUAGGAUGCUGUGUGGGGGUCAUUUAGCUCUAUAAACAUCCCAUUAAUUGCCAAGCCUCAUAUAUUCACUAGCAGUGAGGAGAGAGACUGAAGGCUAAAAGGCUUUUCAUUUUUCUGACGGAGACUGUUCAGGCCUGCUGGCUGCCUACAGUGAGCUGGGAACUGAAUGCACCCUCUCUGUCCCGCUAGCGAGCUGUCCCAUUCUGAGUUAAAACCGCUCUAUCCAAUGGUCAAUUAACUCUCCCCAUUCAUCAGCACUCCUGCAGUUGACCAGGGCAUCGAUAAUUUAGAGUUCAAGAUGCUCUGAGGCACUGAGAAAAAAAAAAAAAAAAAAAAAAAAAAGAACUCCCAAGUGCCUUUUGGAUUGUCUGAAAGCAGUACUGUGCUCGGUAGUGAUAGUCGCUAAGUGUUCUAAUUUAUUUUUGAAAUCUGUUAACAUGGAGAAGACUCUGUGUGGUGUUGUUUUUGAAACUGGGGCAGUCCUUUUAUGGAACAGCAAUAAACUAAUGGACAUUAAACUCAUGUUUUGAAAGGAU